AUGUUUCUGAUAGACGAAGGGCUUUUCGAAACUCUUGAAAGACUUUUCCUAUUACCAGAAGAAAACUCUGAAGAUGCUCUGUUCCCCUCUUCCACUCCAUCGAAAAUCCUCAAAACAGAAUCGCUGCCACAAACGAUUUCAGUGGCAAACUCGAAAGAGAUUCCAAAAGUCGACGUUCAAAAGUCUCCGACAAAAGAAGCUCCUAAAGAACGGACCCUUGCCGACGACUUGGAGAGCAUCACGAAGGUCUUCAAGAAGCUCAAAGAGGCCCAGGCAAAGAAGAGAAGCAUCAACAGACUUUCUGAUUGCCCGCUGCGAAGUCCGAUGAAAUUUACGAAGCUCCGGCCUUUUUUGGUUAAGCUCAAUAAUCAAAUUGUCAGCAUUGUCAGCAGAAUGUUGAAGGAAAAGAAAUAUGGAAGCGCUCUUGAAUUUUGCCUCGCAAGUUGGACUCUUGCUGAGAAAAUUCCAAGAGAAUGGAACGACGAAAUCAUGGAAGAAAUCGCCUGUGCACCGAUGGACUCGAUUGUGGAUUCGAUAGCGAAGAUAUCGAAAGAAAUCGUUCUUUCAGAAGAGAACUUAGUGAGACUCAAGAAACUGCCAAAAUACAAAAACUUCAUCGCUGAAACACUAUCUCUUUGA